GAGCAUGUUGUUGGUGUCCUAGCAUUGUUUGGAGUGUCCGACUGAUAAAACGAGCGAGUCACAUUAUUUCGAUUUUAAUCACAUAUUAAUACUAUUUGUGAAGUGGCGAAGAGUGCAACACUUGUGAUUGUGACGGAAGUUUUUCGGAAAAGUCGGGAUAAAGUUCCGUGCUGCAGGGAAUGGCCGCCACCAAAGGUCGGCCGGAUGACAGCGACCAGUCAGAUUCGGAGUUCACUCCGCUUUACGAUGAUACAGAGGAAAUACAUGAAAGAACAGCACAAGAGACGAAAGGAUGGAAUCUAUUCAGAGAGAUUCCCAUCAAGAAGGAGAGUGGGUCGAUGGCGGACACACAAUGGAUCGACACCAGCGUCAAGAUACUUAAGCUUCUGGCCUACGUAUUGACGUUUGCCUGUGUACUUGGGGCGGCAGUCAUAGCUAAAGGAACCCUACUCUUCAUCACGUCACAGUUAAAGAAAGGACGAAAAAUCACGCAUUGCAACAGAGCUUUAGCUUUGGAUCAGCAGUUCAUAACAGUGCACACGCUAGACGAACGAGUGACAUGGUUAUGGGCCGCAAUCAUAGCGUUUGGUAUCCCCGAAAUCGGCGUAUUCUUCCGAUCUUGCAGGAUUUGCUUCUUUAAGACCGUCAAGAAACCUACUACAAUGCAAUUCUUAUAUGCUUUCAUAGUAGAUACCCUACAUGCAGCAGGAAUAGGGAUGUUAGUGUUCAUGGUUUUGCCCGAAAUGGAUGUGGUAAAGGGUGCCAUGUUGAUGAACGCAAUGUGCAUUGUCCCUGGCAUUCUCACCAUGUUCACCAGGGACUCAGGCGAAUCUCGCUAUACCACCAAAAUACUGCUAGAUGUGCUGGCUAUAUCUGCUCAAGUGACAGCGUUUGUAGUGUGGCCACUGCUACACAAAACAGCAAAACUAUGGAUCAUCCCCUUUGCGUGUAUAUUCGUGUCUCUCGGCUGGUGGGAGAACUUUAUCAGCUAUGUUGACAAGGACUCUUCAACAACCGUACAAUACUUGGCUGAGUUGCGUGAUGCUUUGAAGAAGACUCGUUACUAUACGCAGAGGACCCUUUCAAUCUGGAAAAUUGUGGUUUUCACGGUGUGUGCCAUAAUCUCCCUCCAUGUGCAAGAGGACAAUCCGUUCGCCUUCUUUACGCAUGUUUCAUCUGCAUUUGGCGAACGAAAUUAUACCGUCUACGAGGUUCAAGCUAUAAUUCAAGACGCUUUCGAUGGUUCACUAGAGUAUGAGGUUACUGGCGGGACAUUCAUACUUCCCGUCAAAUGGUCAACAUCGUUAUGGGUUGCUCUGAUCCAAGUAGGCGCCUGUUACUUCUGUUUUGUAUGCGCCAAAUUCGCCUGCAAAAUCCUCAUACAAAACUUCAGCUUCACGUUAGCUUUGAGUUUAGUUGGACCGGUUACGAUCAAUUUGUUGGUUCUCUUAUCCGGAAUGAGGAGUGCGGAUGCGUGCGCGUUCCAUAGAACCAUUCCGGACUACUUGUUCUUCGAAGUUCCUCCAGUGUAUUUCAUAUGGCAUUAUGUUUGGCGAGAGUGUGCGUGGAUCUGGGUGCUGUGGCUGGUGUCACAGGCGUGGAUAACCGUGCAUACGUGGCUGCCGCGGUGUGAGAGACUUGCCGCUACUGAUAAGCUAUUCUGUAAACCUUGGUACAGCGGACCUCUUAUAGACCAGUCCCUGUUGUUGAACAGGAGUAAAGAUGACGAUAUUGAUAUUUCUGUAGACGAUCUCAAAGAUAUUGACGACGAUGAUUCAAUUGCAAAUUCCGAAAAAUUGAGAAAUGCUAAUCCAUCGGAUAGCAUAACGAGGAUUUACAUUUGUGCAACUAUGUGGCACGAGACAAAGGAUGAGAUGAUAGAGUUCUUAAAGUCUAUCUUCCGGCUGGAUGAGGAUCAGAGCGCCAGGAGAGUAGCGCAGAAAUAUUUAGGUGUCGUCGACCCCGAUUACUACGAAGUGGAAGCACACAUAUUCAUGGACGACGCUUUCGAGGUAUCCGACCACAGCGCCGAAGACUCGCAAGUGAACUAUUUCGUCAAAUGUCUAGUGGGCACGAUAGAUGAAGCAGCUUCAGAAGUGCAUCUUACCAACGUCAGACUGCGUCCUCCUAAGAAGUAUCCCACUCCUUACGGUGGCAAGCUAGUGUGGACGCUGCCAGGGAAAAAUAAGAUGAUCUGCCAUCUCAAGGACAAGUCCAAAAUCAGACAUAGGAAGCGAUGGUCACAGGUGAUGUACAUGUACUACUUCCUUGGCCACCGGCUGAUGGACUUACCUCUAUUAGUGGAUCGCAAGGAAGUGAUAGCCGAGAACACAUACCUACUCGCCCUGGACGGUGACAUCGACUUCAAGCCCUCCGCCGUCACGCUGCUUAUCGACCUUAUGAAGAAGAACAAGAACUUAGGCGCUGCUUGUGGGCGUAUCCACCCUGUGGGAUCUGGUUUCAUGGCAUGGUACCAGAUCUUCGAAUAUGCCAUAGGGCAUUGGCUACAAAAGGCGACUGAACACAUGAUCGGAUGCGUGCUCUGUAGUCCGGGAUGCUUCUCUCUGUUCAGAGGGAAAGCUUUAAUGGAUGACAAUGUGAUGAAGAAGUACACUCUCACUUCGCACGAGGCUCGGCAUUACGUACAGUACGAUCAAGGCGAAGACCGUUGGCUGUGCACAUUGCUACUGCAGCGUGGAUACCGUGUGGAGUAUUCAGCCGCGUCGGAUGCGUACACGCACUGUCCGGAGCAGUUUGACGAGUUCUUCAACCAGCGCCGGCGCUGGGUGCCGUCAACCAUGGCUAAUAUCCUCGACCUACUGGUUGACUCCAAACACACCGUCAAAGCUAAUGAUAAUAUAUCUACGCUUUAUAUCGUGUACCAGACGCUGUUAAUGGUAGGCACGGUGCUCGGGCCCGGCACUAUCUUCCUGAUGUUGGUGGGCGCUAUGAACGCCAUCACUGGUAUCAGCAUCAUGAACGCGCUGCUGUGGAACCUCAUCCCUGUCGUCAUCUUCAUCACUGCUUGUAUGACGUGCAAGUCUGAAAUACAGUUGAUGCUAGCAAACGUAAUCACAUGCUUGUACGCGAUGUUGAUGAUGAUGGUAAUCGUCGGUAUAGCGAUGCAGAUCGUGGAGGACGGCUGGCUGGCCCCUUCCAGUAUCUUCACGGCAAUUAUCUUCGGCAGUUUCUUUAUCACCGCCGCACUGCACCCGCAGGAGAUGUACUGCUUGCUAUAUAUUACUGUUUACUAUAUAACUAUACCUAGCAUGUACAUGUUGCUGAUUAUUUACUCGCUGUGCAAUUUGAAUAACGUCUCGUGGGGCACCAGAGAAGUAGCACAGAAGAAAACUGCUAAGGAAAUGGAACAAGAGAAGAAAGAUGCAGAGGAAGCGAAACAGAAGAUGGAAAAACAGUCGAUAAUGAAGAAAUUCGGAAGUACGGACGAGGAGAGUGGUAGUAUGGAGAUCGGCGUUGCUGGACUAUUCAAAUGCAUGUGCUGCCUUAAUCCUAACGACCACAAACAAGAUCUACAUCUUAUACAAAUCGCUCAUUCUAUUGAAAACCUCGAAAAGAAAUUGGAUUCUAUUUAUUCACCACCAGAAAUCCCGGAGCCUUCGCAAUUGCGCCGGCGGUCCUCAAUGGGCCUCCGCGGAGACACGCUCCCAGUUUUGUCAGAAUAUGCACCCAGUGACGGCUCUACUGAAAUACCGAGGGAAGAGAGAGACGACCUGAUAAACCCGUACUGGAUAGAAGAUCCGAGCCUGCUGAAGGGCGAGGUAGACUUCCUUACGACGGCUGAGACUGAGUUCUGGAAGGACCUGAUCGACUCCUACCUUGAACCCAUUGAAGAGGAUAAGAAGGAACUGGAACGCAUAAAAACGGACUUGAAGAAACUGCGUGACACUAUGGUGUUUGCGUUCGUGAUGGUGAACGCGCUGUUCGUGAUCACUAUCUUCCUGCUGCAGCUCAACCAGGACCAGCUGCACUUCCGCUGGCCGCUCGGGGAGAAGGUCGUCAUCAGCUAUGAUGAUGAUAUGAACGUUGUGAACUUAGAUCGCGAGCACCUCCAGCUGGAGCCCAUCGGGUCUCUUUUCCUGAUUUUCUUCGGCACAGUAAUUCUUAUCCAGUUCAUUGCUAUGCUGUUCCACCGGCUUGGAACCCUUACACAUUUGCUGUCCACGGUGCAACUCAACUGGUACUUCACUAGGACACCGGAAGAAAUGUCAGACAGCGCGCUGAUAGAGAAACACGCAGUACAGAUAGCCAAAGACCUGCAGAGGCUGAAUGACGACGACCUCAACAAGCGAGGUUUAAACAACGACCACGUGUCGCGACGUCGAACAAUCAAAGAUUUGGAACGAGGGAAGGAGAACAAACAGAAUGUCACCAAUCUGGACGUUAACUUCAAACGUAGACUCACUAUCCUGCAAAAUACUGCCGAUCCAGACGUUAUAAAACGCGUGUCGUCACACAUCCCGGGCAACGUGGCGCAGCGUCGGCAGACCCUGCGCGCGUUGAUGACGCGGCGCGAGUCCGUGGCCGAGGCGCGCCGCUCGCAGAUACAACGCAACUCCGUCACCGACCUCUACGACCACCCCAGGCACACGCUAUCGGACAUCCCAGGGCGCGCGUCAGUGACCGCGGCAUACGUGAACAAGGCAUACGAGCCCGCGGAAGACAGCGACGAAGACAUCACUCCCUCGCCGCGCAUGCCCCGGCGCAGCACCGUGCGCUUCAGAGACACUUACGCUUGAUUACACCACGCAAAAAGUCGCAUACAAUCGACUAUUAUGUGAACUAUCGUGCUCCAUCACACCCACUUACGAAGCUUGUGUAACCCCGAUUUCAUUAUGUUGAUUGGAUAUAUUGAAAAGAAAUAAAGUUUUACGUAAUGAUC